AGCGGCGGGCGCCCGUGACAGCGGCGCCGCGGUGCUCGCGACCCCGGCUCCGGGCCUCCGCCGACCUCGGACGCGGGACCCGGCCACCCGGCGGCAUGGGCGGCGAAGCGGGGUCCGCGGCGGCCGUGGGCGCCGAGGGCCGCGUCAAGAGCUUGGGACUGGUGUUCGCGGACGAGCGCAAAGGCUGCUACUCGAGCGGCGAGACGGUGGCCGGGCACGUGCUGCUGGAGGCGGCCGCGCCGUUGGCCCUGAGCGCGCUGCGUCUCGAGGCCCAGGGCCGGGCCACCGCCGCCUGGGGUCAGGGCAGCGGCGCGGCGCCGGCCGCCUCCUCCGAGGUCGAGUACCUGAACGUGCGCCUCAGCCUGCGCGAGCCCCCGGCCGGUGAAGGCGUCAUCUUGCUGCCGCCUGGGAAACAUGAAUUUCCGUUUCGCUUUCAACUUCCAUCUGAACCCCUGGUAACCUCGUUCACUGGGAAAUACGGAGGCAUUGAGUACUGUGUGCGAGCCAUCCUGGAGCGCCCCAAGGUGCCGGAGCAGAGCGUGAGACGGGAGCUGCAGGUCGUCAGCCGUGUGGACGUCAACACGCCAGCACUGCUUACCCCUGUAUUGAAAACUCAAGAGAAAAUGGUUGGCUGUUGGUUUUUCACUUCUGGUCCAGUCUCGCUGAGUGCCAAAAUUGAAAGAAAGGGCUACUGUAACGGUGAAGCUAUCCCAAUCUACGCAGAAAUAGAGAACUGCUCCUCUCGUCUGAUUGUGCCCAAAGCUGCCAUUUUCCAAACCCAGACCUAUUUGGCUAGUGGGAAGACAAAGACCAUCCGUCACAUGGUCGCCAACGUGCGAGGGAACCACAUUGCUUCUGGCAGCACCGACACGUGGAAUGGCAAGACUCUGAAAAUCCCCCCCGUCACUCCGUCCAUCCUGGACUGCUGCAUCAUCAGAGUGGACUACUCCUUGGCCGUGUACAUUCACAUCCCUGGGGCGAAGAAGCUGAUGCUGGAGCUGCCACUGGUGAUCGGCACGGUCCCGUACAGCGGCUUUGGCAGCAGGAACUCCAGCGUGGCCAGCCAGUUCAGCGUGGACAUGAGCUGGUUAACACUCACCCUGCCGGAGCAGCCUGAAGCGCCGCCGAAUUACGUGGACGUGGUGUCCGAGGAGGAGUUUUCCAGACACACCCCUCCCUACCCUCAGCCCCCCAGCUGCCUGGGAGAAGCCUGCUACCCCGUGUUCGCCUGCAUACAAGAAUUCCGGUUUCAACCGCCACCUCUUUAUUCAGAGGUCGAUCCGCACCCCAGUGAUGUUGAAGAGACGCAGCCUGUCUCCUUCAUUCUCUGAAUGUGUUUUGGAAAUCACUGUGUCCGUCAUCGCAGCACAAUUUUUUAUUUCUUCCUGCCCUUUUGGGGUGGGAGUGGAGUUUAAUUUAAGAUCACAAAAGGAUAUAAAGACUAAAGGCCGUAGAAAAUAAACAAGCAAGAGAGCUUCCCAGUGGAGCAAGGUGACAGGUGACAGGACGGUCAUUUGUUCCCCUCAAAAAGAUGGGGUGAAGAUGCGAGAAGCCACGGAAGGUACCGGAUGUCCUGAUGGUGACGGAGUAAGUGAAGGAGUGUCGGCGCUGACCUGAGAGGACACGCGGCGAGCAAACCCUCAGGGAGGUUUCUCACAUGGAGCACAGGCUGUGGGAGCGUGCUGACGCGCCUGUGCGUGUGCGGCCAGCACAGAGAUGUGCGCGGAUGGGGACACGGCCUGCUCUCAAGUCAGGGUGAAGCUUGGCGCUGGGGUCUUGGUGAUUUCUGAGUCUGACCAGCCUCCAGGACUGAGGGCCUGAGAAGGGUCCCUUGUGGGGGUGAUGGUCACACGAGAUCCGAGGAGGGCACGGGGUUUUGGCCCUUUGGAUCGUGGGAGGCUAAGGAAUGGUCCGUAAAUGGGCUGUGGGCAAGCAAGCAAAUGGUCGGACCACAGCGGAAGAGUUGACUUCAGUGUGAAAGAUUUGGUGGAAGGCUGUACCUUUGAGCCCUUUUAAGUACUUUAGUGGAACACAUGUGUCAUUUUCCUCUUAUCAUGUUUACCUAUGGGCACAGCAGAAAAAAAGGCAGGGGAAAACCGUUGUAUCCUCAGGAUGCCUUGAUUCCUACACAGCCCAAAACAAAAAGCUUUGGUUAACCUACCUCCCGUGGGAUUGGCAGAUGCACGUUCAAGGCUCAAGGCCUGCUUAGUAAUGUUUGAAGCGUCUGCUGCUAACAGGAGCAGUCUCCUCUCCCCGGCCAGGGGAGCGCUCCCUGAGAGCGCGUUAGCCACAAGUAGAUAGAUGUAUGCCUAGGGGCUUUUCAAAAUGAACCCCGAAUCAAAGGAAGGUAGGCACGCCAUUUUCCAAAAGAUGUAAAUGAAUUCCUGUCCCAGGCUGGAGUCUUCAGAUGGCAGUCAUUGCAUUGUCCGUUGUUUCUUCCAGCUGCCCAGCGAUUCUGUUUAAACUGUGGUUUUGGUGCAAUACUGUGUAAUCGUUUUCCCUCCGUGUCUUCCCGCCACCAGGGGUGUGUUGCUGCUGGAAGUUUGUUCAGUGUUUCUGUUCACCCUCUCCCUUGCUGUCUGUGCUCACAGGGCCUCUCGCUGCUUCUUCCAUCUCUCGGUUUCCUGGAUGAGCCUCUCUGGACACUAAGGAAGGGGAGAAAGGCGAUCCCCUGCUAACAGAUCUUGGACCAGCUGAGUCCUAAGGAUUUGAUCUGAAAACCCUGGUGCUUCCCAUACAAAAUACUGUACUUGAUUCAAUGGAAUGGCUAAUUUGCCUUUAGAAAUAGAACAGUUCUUCUAAGGUUAAAUUUUGUAUUUAAACUUCACUGGGGCAUUGGAUCAGGGAUUUUUCUACCAACAUUAGGCAGGGUGUGCUUCUCCGCUCUCCUCUGCAGUCAUGUAGUCUUCAAACACAUGGCUUUGUUUUGUGUGCUGCUGUUUUGAACCACCGCACAUGCUGCCCUACUGAGGUACUGAAACUGUCAGAGAGCUGUCGUGCUUACUUUAGUUUUCGGUUGUGCAGUUUGUAUGCUCAUCAGUGGGUGUGUUUGUUCAGUCCUAUCUAGAAAGUUCCACUUUCCCUUUAGAGAAGCUCCUCUUGGGCUGUUUGCUGAGGCUUUCAUUGCAGCCGAGUGCUCAUCAUUGAGCACGGAGGCCAUUGUAGACCUCCGUGGACCAGAGCAAAGAGGGAAAGCAGCUCAGCAGGACUUACAGAGGCAGAGGGUGGUAACCCGGCUGCCUGCGGGGAAGCACCUGCUUAAAGGAACCUCUGUCAGAGGAGUCACGAAGUCCCCCAUGUGGCUGUCACAGAGCUGGCUGGGGAACACUCAUGAGAGAAGUUCCAAGGCCAGACUUGCCAUGUGAAACUGAUGUUGGUAUAUUUGACCUUAAGCUGUAGUGUGAAAUAUUUAUAUAAUCAAGAUAUCAUUUUAUGAAUGUAGAAAACUACACAGGAGCAGAGAGGACCUGGGGAUCAAGAUAACAAUGUAGCUGCCAUUAUUUGCUUCUUUAUUUCCUUCUUGCUGCUGUUUAGUUUGAAAAAAAAAGUGGCCUUAGGAGUUUCCUUUUGAUGCAAAAAUUUUGAAAUUGAAAACACGUACCUUUUGGUACAUAAAGUCCUCCUUGGCAAAACUUUACUUUUUGUGUUUUUGUUUUGCACAACAAAUAACUCAAUAAGCAGAAGUUAAGUUUUUGAUAAGUUAACCAUGAAAGCAUUUUUUUUUUAAUUUUUAUUAUUAAAAGUGUAACAGUUUAAUCCACGGGGGAAAAGAGAUUGUAUUUUGUACUCGUUUGAACCCCAUGGGUUCUUUUUGUUAAUAAAAUGAAUACAGUAAUGCUGU